CCCAACAAGCAACAUCUUCUUUCUUUAUAUCUCUUCAGUUCAGCCGAACAAAAGCUCCUUAACAUUUAGCUUCUUCUCUCCCUGUCCACUUCUCUGUUACUUCUUCUGAAAACUUUUAGGAAACCCCUCAAUUUUUCUUCUUCUGAGUGAUGGGUAUGACCAGCCGCUGUUCCCAUACAUCUCACAUAACCGAGAUCAUCAUCACCAGCUUUUUCCGUCAUAAGCACUGUUAGAUUAUUAAUUUUUUUUUCCUAGCUGUUUUUUUUUUUUUAACUGUUGGAUCAUCUCGAUAUAGAGCUGUAGUGAUGGAAGCUUAAGAUAGACUGAUCGAUCAUUAGUUUGACUUAAUGGCGGGUGGGAGGAUGUAUACUACUGGUAGUUGUAGUGGUGGUGGUGAUGGUUCAAGUCUUUGUGUUUUGAUUCAAAAUCAAAAGGGUGCUUGCUCUUCUCAGCCUCUUGACUCUUCCUUCCUUUCUGCUUCUUCUUCUUCUCCUUUUCUGGGUUCAAGAUCCAUGGUGAGCUUUGAAGAUGUUCAUCUAGCAAACGGAGCCAACCGGCCCUUUUUCCGGCCAUUUGAACACGACGAAAAUGGGGAUGACGACUUUGACGAGUACAUUCACCAGCCUGAAAAAAAGAGACGGCUCACCGUCGAUCAAGUUCAGUUUCUUGAGAAAAGUUUCGAGGUGGAGAACAAGCUUGAACCCGAACGAAAAGUCCAGCUUGCAAAGGACCUCGGCUUGCAGCCUAGGCAGGUCGCCAUAUGGUUUCAAAACCGCCGGGCUCGGUGGAAAACAAAACGGCUGGAGAAGGACUACGACAUCUUGCAAACGAAUUACAAUAACCUGAAGGCAGAUUAUGAAAAUCUCCUUAAGGAGAAGGAUAAACUGAAAGCUGAGGUUCUUAUCCUCACUGACAAGCUGCAUCUCAAAGAGAAAGAGAGUGGAACGAUGGAAUUGAGUGCUGUAAACAACACAUUGCCACAAGAACAACCACCGCAAAAGCCUAUUGCUGAUUCUUCAUCUGAGGGUGAAGGGUCAAAAGUUUCAAUUGUGGCUUGUAAACAAGAAGAUAUAAGUUCGACAAGAAGUGACAUAUUUGACUCAGACAGCCCACAUUACACUGAUGGGGUUCAUUCUUCACUCUUGGAGACUGGCGAUUCAUCUUAUGUUUUUGAGGCUGACCAAUCCGAUUUAUCACAGGAUGAAGAUGAUAACUUGAGCAAGAACUUCUUGCCUCCAGACAUCUUCCCAAAGCUUGAAGAAGCUGAUUACUCAGACCCGCCCACCAGUUCCUGUAACUUUGGAUUUCCCAUUGAAGAUCAGGCCUUCUGGUCCUGGUCUUACUGAUAAAAAGUACCGCCGGUAUAUAUAUAUAUAUAUAUAUAUAUGUAUGUAUCUUUCAAGUGUUUUUCUAGUUCCUGUUUGAAGCCUGUUAUAGUGUUAAGUAUAAAUAAGAGACUGAAUAAAAUCAAUGGCACCCCAAUGCAAAAAAUUUGGCUGUACUUGGUGAUCAAUGGAGGUUUUGCCCCGUUUGUAAUUUUGUUCAUCUAGAGGAGGUGACUGAAACUUCUUCUGUUCGGACUGUAAUUAAAUUAUGUCUUUAAUUAGCUGAAAAUAUUAUCUUUUGUUAUGUCAA